UGGUGGAGACGACGGCAAAGUACUUUGGCAAAAUUGAUAUUCUCGUGAACAAUGCUGGCAUGGUCAUACUAGGCACGCUAGAAAGUACUCCUGUCGAAGACUUCGAGUGCAUCUGGAAGACAAACUUUCGUGGCCCGCUCUGCAUGAUCAAGAACGCCGUGCCGUACUUGCGUCAAACCAAAGGUUGCAUCGUCAAUGUUUCAAGCGUUGGAUCUACAGCUGUGGUGAUGGACGCAGUACCCUAUUGCACUGCAAAAGCAGCACUGGACCACCUGACUCGAUACGCUGCAUUAGAGAAUGCCCCCUUCGGUGUUCGUGUGAAUGCUGUCAACGGUAGCGUGGACCUCGAAAAUGUGGAACCAGUCCUGGACGGGUCCAUCGUCCGCCGAUCCUGCGUACUUCGGGAUGUCGAGGUCUGCUGA